GACAUUAAAUACAUGCAUCAAAAAUUAAAUUAAAAGCGCAGUAUAGCGCUGAAAAUGAUUAAAUAUUGAAAUUUUUACAAAAAAAUAAUAAUAAAGUAUCUUUUAAAUUCCUAGUACAAUGCCAAACUCUAGGCGCCGCAGAUUUUCUGUCCAGAAUGAAAUUCGAGCGGAGACAACAAAAACUCAAAAUUCGACUCAAGUAAGCCAAAUUUCAGUGGGACCUGGAAAAUCCACACCAUCAAUCACUUUAUCGGCAAAAUUUUUAAAACAAAACAACAAAACAACUCCAUCUACAUCGAAAAACUCAUCUUCCUUGGAAAUAAUCAAUCAUGUGAAAGAUAAAUCAAAAUCUGAAUCGAUUACUAACGGUCUUACCAAAUCGGACAAAGAUAUAACAGCUAGUUCAAGUAACAUCGACCUAUUUAAUAUACUCAGUAUGACUGAAAGUACGAUGGCUGACAGAUAUAAGACAAACGAUAAGAAAUAUGCAGCUGACACGAAACAAAAAGAUACAGUUGGUUCAAGGCGAGAAAAGCAAUGGCGCCAACACCGUAUUAAAGUACGAAGCCCAAAACGGAAACCACUUACUCCGACUGCCGAGAAACAUGAAAUUAAUACGCGUUCAGUUGGCACAAAAACCUUAGAUGAAACAGAAGUGGAAGUAUACUCAAUUCAGCUUAUAGAAACGGUUGAAAGUGAAGUGCCAAUAGCUGAAGUUGAGGAAGAAGAUGAUCCAAGCAGUCAUUCAAUAGAAGAUAUGUGUCGAAUAUGCCAUGGAGGUGAAUCGCUAUCGCAGGAACUGGGGCAACUCAUAUCUACUUGCGCAUGUAGAGGCACUGUUGGCAGGGUUCAUGUUAAAUGCCUGGAAAGAUGGUUAACUGAAUCAGGAAAAAACAGAUGUGAAUUGUGCGGAACCAAGUACGCAACUAGACGGGUACAUCGAUAUGGAGUUCUCAGGGCACUGGUUAUGUGGAUCUUAAGCCAGAAUGCUAAACAGCUGAUGGUGGAUACCCUCGGUAUAAUGCUGAUGUCCCCUCUAGCAGUCUUAGCAGCAUGGCUUUCUGGAAGAACUCUGGCUGGGCUUAUGACGCAAGAGCUGCACGCUACUCCCUGGCCUUUAGCUUCCACAUUUGUCCUGGCCUGCAUGACUCUGGUGUGUUAUUACUGCUGGAUUGUUUCGGCGGCUACUCGUCACGCCCUGGGCUGGUGGAUCUGGUACAGGUCUCAAUAUGAGGUGAGACUGCAACUACAGGAUAACGAAGAAUGAUCGCGUGCUGUGCAAUUUUGGCAAAAAAUUUUUAAGUGACGAUUGAUUAUUUAAACGCUCUGUUUAAUUACACUGUUUUAGUUUAAA